AUGAGCGCACCCAAGGCCAAAAGCUUGCGUCUCAGCUUCAAAGGCGACAAGCCAAAGAAGCGCAAGCGCAGCACAGACAAGCACUCCCUCAGCGAAUCGUCUUCGAGUUCUCGCAAGCGCAAAGCUGGCGAUGCUUCCGACGUCGAGGAUGUCGGCGGUGACGAGCAGGCUUGGGUCGCCGUCGAGACCGAACAAGAUUUGAGCGGACCAUGCUUUCUUUUUCAACAACAACAGCGUGAAGCUCCUCCGCACUGCGUAGCAUUCCAGCCGACGCUUCAGAGCGUUGAAGCGGCGCUUAUCCUCCCGAACACCGACGAAAGCGCUUUCGGCGAUCGAGCUGAUUUGCUCGCGUCCGAUCCCAAUUUGGCUGAAGAGCUCGAAGGUGCCGAGAUCGUACCAGCUGAGUCCUCUUCCAGCAGCGUUGGAAGUCUGGUCCCAACAUCGGUGUACCAGGUUUGGAUAGCAACCAAGGUCCCAGGCAGCUCAUCUCCUACGCGCAUCACCUUCAAAAGCGCAGAGGGCAAGUUCCUCGGCGCAGACAAAUCUGGUCUACUCCGUGCAUCGAUGGAAGCGAGAGGUCCUCAAGAAGAGUGGAUUUUAGAGCCAUGCGAUCGAGGAGUGUGGAAGCUUCGUUCUGUGCACGGUCGCUACCUCGGGCUCGACCAGUUAGCAGGAGGUAAGACCGUCGUCCGAGCAGACUGCGACCAUACCGACCCUGAAGCAGUGUGGUCGCUCAAAGUCCAAUGGAAACAUCGUCACGCUGCCCGUCAUUCAGCCGAUGUCAAAGACACACUUCAGUCCAAAGCAAACGAUCCUACAGCCGUGCCUCUUGGCAUACGAGACCAGAUCUUAGCUCAGGAGCUCCAAACGUUCAAAUCUCGUGCAGGCUCACAGUACCUUCCGUCCGACUACGCUUCCAGCUUGUCUAAAGAAGAGCGAAGGGCGCUCAGGAGAGCAGAAAAGGAGGGCCGACUAGCCGAAGAGAUGCUUGAUCGUCGGAGCAAGCUCAAGAGCGACAAGUAUGCAUGA